UUAUAACAAAAGUAACUUCUUUGUGUAGCAAGGAGGAGCAGCCGCUUCAUGACCUCACGACCACUUCUAGGGCAAGUCUCUUUUUCUCUCCAUAAAAUCAGACUUUAAACUUUCCUUUUCUCAUAUCCAUUUUCAAAUAUAAUAUAAUAUUACACACUGAGACUGAGAGAGACUGAGACGAGAAGAAGAAGACGAAGAACCAGAUUAUCUUGGGAGAGAUGGAGAAGGGAAAGGGAGUGAUGGGUGGAGGUCGUAGAUGGGCCGUUGACUUCUCGGACUACUCUAGUUCCCCUUCUUCCCGCGAUAUUCCUGAUCCUCCUGGUUUCUCUCGUGCCUCCCUCGAUCAGGAUGAUUCUGCUGUGAGUCGCCAGAAGAAGGAUGCUGAAGCUACUUGGAAAUCCCAGAAAGCUUGGGAGGUGGCACAGGCUCCCUUUAAAAAUUUGAUGAUGAUGGGAUUCAUGAUGUGGAUGGCUGGAAGUACAGUGCAUUUGUUUAGCAUUGGAAUUACUUUCUCUGCUCUUUGGCAGCCCAUUAGCGCCUUACAGGGCGUGGGAAAGGUUUUUGAGCCGUAUAAAGAUAGCAAGGUUGAUCUUCUUGCUCCUAAGUUGUUGUUCAUUGCCCUUAAUUUGGGAGGUCUAGCUCUAGGUUUUUGGAAGCUUAAUACUCUGGGGUUGCUUCCCACGCAUGCAUCAGACUGGGUUUCAUCCUUAGCCCCUGCUCAGGAGGUUGAGUAUUCAGCUAGUGGCCUUCCUCUACGUUGAUUUUAAUGGUAAUGGUGAUAAAUUUUGAACUCCAUGACUGAAACAUACUGGAGCAGGGGAUAGAUAGACCUUUAGUGUUGUUUACUGGCUGGAUGGUUCCUUGCAGAGCACGGACAUGUGUCACUAUUUAAAAAAAUAUAUAUAUAUUUAAUAAUGAAAGUUUAUCUUAUGUCAAGGAGACUAAUUUUUGUAGUAGACUUGAUAUCUUAUUGGAUAAUGAAGAGGUUUUCUACUUUA